AGGCUUACAAUAAUACAAUCAAAUUCAAGCUGAAAGGGGCAUAGGGUUUCAUUCUGGUUAGGGAUCAGAAUUUGGGUUUUCAUUGAUCAAAUUGGGAAAACUCGUAAUCAAAUCAGGAAGCAGAGCUAUUAAGCAUUAACGACUGCAAUGGUCUGCGAGAAGUGUGAGAAGAAAUUAGCGAAGGUGAUAGUUCCAGACAAGUGGAAGGAAGGGGCCAGCAAUACUACUGAGGGUGGUGGACGCAAGAUCAACGAGAACAAGCUCCUCUCUAAGAAGAACAGAUGGACCCCAUAUGGAAACACCAAAUGCAUCAUCUGCAAGCAGCAAGUGCACCAGGAUGCCAAGUACUGCCACACCUGUGCUUACUCUAAAGGAGUUUGUGCGAUGUGUGGGAAGCAAGUUCUUGACACCAAGUUUUACAAACAAAGCAAUGUGUAGUGUGUGUGCUGCGUGUAUGCUGCAUCUUUUAGGUGCCAAAGAAAUUGUCUGUCUGAUACUCUAGUUGGUCGUACUGCUAACACUGUAACCGAAGAUGUAAAGAUCCAACACAAUGAUAGAUGAUUCAAUUAUCUUCCUUUUGUAAUUUACUUGUUCUGUUUCCUGAUCAAAGACAUCCCUGCCAUUUAAUUCCUGUUUAUCGAGUUUUUAACUUUU